AGCGUGAUAUAUCCGGAGCCGUCCACGACGGGCUUCACCCUUCAGAGGCGGCUGGCAGAUUCAACCCCUCGGGGCGCCUCGAGCACCGGGCCGGCGCGGGGCCUGAUCAGGACUGGCGAAGCUCCUCGUUUCUGCCUCCCGCUCCCCAGGGUCCACGCAGCUGACGUGGAUGCUGCCCGGUCUGCACAGAUGCCCUCGUCUCCCCCCUCCACCUGUACAGCUUCUCCGCGCCCUGUCGCUGCCAGUGCCCUGCCAAACAACAUAGGCAAGCCAGAAUUCCCAGACACGGGCACGGACCGUAUUAAGGAUCUUUUUCAGAAAGAUGCAAGUCAGAGUUACCCAGAGGAGGUGACCAAUGUGAUAAAAAGUGGACUUUUUGCUGCCCUCGCUGGCUUGAUCUACGGAGGUCUGCCGGCGGCUUACCACGCUAAGCAGCGGUACAUCCAGCAGAGCCAAGCGGAACUCUACUCUAGUCGUGUGGAAGCAGUGCGUUUGGCCCACAACGCAGCUAUCCGAGGUUUUGUGAGAUACGGCGUCCGAUGGAGCUGGAGAGUUGCUGCAUUUGUUACCAUGUUCAAUUCUGUCAGCACAGGCCUGUCAGUUUACCGUGACAAGUACACCCUCUGCAAUUUUGCCGCAGCUGGAGCUGUGACUGGAGGUCUUUUCCGACUAAACCUGGGCCUGCGAGGCCUGGUGGCGGGCACCAUCAUCGGAACAGCACUCGGAAUUCCUACAGGCGCUGUGAUCAUGAGCAUGUACUCAAUGACAGGAGAAAAUGUCAGAGAAAGGAGGCGGAGAGAGCGCAGGGAGCUUUAUGAGCUGAAACUUGCCGAGUGGACGGCACGACUUGAAUUGACCGAUGAACUGGUUGGUGACCUGAAUGCGGCCUCACGGGCAGAGGAUACAGAGCGUGACUUGAAAAAGAUCCAGGAGCUGCUCAGUUUACCGCAGAAUGAUGUAGUACAAGACUCGAGCAGCCAAUGACAGCAUUACCAGCUAAAUUACUUACUCUGAAAGUGCAAUGUCAGAUAGCUCUGAGGAAAACAUAGGUUUUUACUUGGAAUCGAGCAUUUAUUUUAGAGUAAGGAAAAAUCGAAAUUGGUCAUUCCGUUGUGAAAUCUGUCCAAUGGAACAACCCGUAAUUAUGCAUGCAGGAAAUUGUUUCCUCAAGACACACAAUUACAGCAAUGGUACAUUCAGGUUAAAGGGCAAUCAUGCAUGUGGACUUAAUCUGAGUAAUGAUGAAUACUGUAUUAUUAAACGUUAAAAAAAAGGAGAUACACAAAUAAGGCAGGCAAAAAUGGUUAGCCUUUUGACUGUGCUGUAGCAGAAGAGCCAACAAAAUGACUUCCAUAAAACGUAAUCUUACACAUUCCUCUCUUUGUUUUCCCAGAUGUACUCCAAAUACAGUAUGUUAGAAACUAAGUCCAAUACCCUCAGUAUAUAAGUUCAUGAAGUUCACUCUUCAGUUAGACAUUAGCUAAGACAAAAGAGGGAAUCACUGACGUGACAACUGACCGUGACCAUUGAAAAAUCAAUUCAUCAAUCUUUGGAUUGGGAAUUCACUUUUAUUCCUCAAAAUAUUGUACAGUGCUGGCCAAAAGUAUUGGCACCCCUGCAAAUUUGUCAGAUAAUGCUCAAUUUCUCCCAGAAAAUGUUAGCAAUUACAAAUGCUUUGGUAGUAAUAUAUUCAUUUAUUUUGCUUCCAAUGAAAAAAAAACACAAAAGAGAAUGGGGGGAAAAAAAUCAUUAUCAAUUUACACAAAACUCCAAAAAUGUGCUGGACAAAAGUAUUGGCACACUCAGCCUAAUACUUGGUAGCACAACCUUUUGGACAAAAUAACUGCAAACAACCGCUGCCGAUAUCUAUCAAGGAGAUUCUUACGAUGCUCUGCUGGAAUUUUAGACCAUUCUUCUUUGGCCAACUGCUCCAGGACUCUGAGAUUUGAAGGGUGCCUUCUCCAGACUGUCAUUUUCAGAUCUCUCCACAGAUGUUCUACGGGAUUCAGGUCUAGACUCAUUGCUGGCCACUUUAGAAGUCUCCAGUGUUUUCUCUCAAACCAUUUUAUAGUGCUUUUUGAAGUGUGUUUUGGGUCAUUGUCCUGCUGGAAGACCCAUGACCUCUGAGGAAGACCCAGCUUUCUCACGCUGGGCCCUACAUUAUGCUGCAAAAUUUGUUGGUAGUUUUCAGACUUCAUAAUGCCAUGCACACGGUUAAGCAGUCCAGUGCCAGAGGCAUCAAAGCAACCCCAAAACAUCAUGGAACCUCCGCCAUGUUUGACUGUGGUGACAAUGUUCUUUUCUGUGAAGGCCUCGUUUUUUUCCCUGUAAACUCUAUGUUAAAGCCUUUUCCCAAAAAGCUCUAGUUUUGUCUCAUCUGGCCUGAGAACACUCUUCCAAAACAUUUUUGGCUUUCUCAGGUAAGUUUUGGCAAACUCCAGCAUAGCUUUUUUUAUGUCUCUGGGUCAGAAGUGGGGUCUUCCUGGGUAUCCUACCAUAGAGUCCCUUUUCAUUCAGACGCCGACGGAUAGUACGGGUUGACACUGUUGUACCCUCAGACUGCAGGACAGCUUUAACUUGUUUGGAUGUUGGCCGAGGUUCUAUAUCCACCAUCUGUACAAUCUUUCGUUGAAAUGUCUCGCCAAUUUUUCUUUUCCGUCCACAUCUUGGGAGGUUAGCCACAGUGCCAUGGGCUUUACACUUAUUGAUGACACUGCGCAUGGUAAACACAGGAACAUUCAGGUCUUUGGAGAUGGACUUGUAGCCUUGAGAUUGCCCAUGUUUCCUCACAAUUUUGCUUCUCAAGUCCUCAGACAGUUCUUAGGUUUUCUUUCUUUUGUCCAUGCUCAAUGAGGUACACACAAGGACAUAGGAUAGAGGUUGCGUCAACUUUAAUCCAUUUUAACUGGCUGUAAGUGUGAUUUUGUUAUUGCCACCAUCUGUUAUGUGCCACAGGUAAGUAACAAGUGCUGUUAAUUACACAAAUUAGAGAAGCAUCACAUGAUUUUUCAAAGAGUGCCAAAACUUUUGUCCGGACCAUUUUUGGAGUUUUGUGUAAAAUGAUAAUGAUUUAUUUUUUCCCCCCAUUCUCUUUUGUGUUUUAUCAUUGCAAGCAAAAUAAAUUAAUAUAUUACUAUCAAAGCAAUUGCAAUCAUUUUUUGGGGAGAAAUUGAGCAUUAUCUGACAGAAUUGCAGGGGUGCCAAUACUUUUUGGCCAGCAGUGUACCUCCCACCCAACGCAGGGACAAACUUUCUACUCACACUUUAAGGGAAGUUCUUGAAAGACAUUUCUUUCGAGAAAUCAGGUUAGUAAUCUUGAACCGUGGUUCAACAAGAGUGGCCUCUUUGGUGUUACAGAUCAUCUAAUUUAGAAUGCAAUUUUACGAAUCAUUUACGGGCUUGUGCGUUGUUCCAUGGAGCAAAUGUAUCUGUGUUCCAUCAAGUGCAAAAACAACAGUCUGUUCUUUUGAAUAAUCAAAUCAUACUGCCAAAUUGUGUUCUGCUGUUGUAAGUGGAAGUUUUUUUUUUUUUUUUUUUGUCAUUAAAAAGGAAGAAAAGAACUAUUUCCUAAUAUAAACUGCAGUGUUUGGUUUCCGUCAAACAUAACUUCACUGUUGAAAGCCACUGUUGAAGAGAAGUCAUAUUAAAUCUCGACUGUAGUUUGCCUAAAAGCAUGUGGAAGACUCCAUGAUCAAGUGGAAGAAAAUUCCUUGGUCUGAUAAAACCAAAAUGGACCUUUUUACCCAUAAGAAAAGACGUUAUGUUUGGCAGAAAUCAAACACUACCAGAACACACCAUCCCCACUGUGAAGCAUGGUGGUGGCAGCCUCUUGCUGUUUGUGUUUCUCAGCAGCCGUACCUGGAAGGCUUGUAAAGAUAGACGCCAGAAUGAAUGGUGUAAAAUUCACUGAAAUCCUGGGGGGAAAUCUUCUGUCUGCAAGAAAACUACCUUGGAAGAAGAUUUAUUUUACAGCAGGACUGACCCAAAGCACAAAGCAAGUGCUACACAAGAAUGGUUAAAAAAUAAUCAGGUAAUGUUCUGAAAUGGCUGAGUCAAAGCUCAGACCUCAAUCCUAUAGAGAAUUUGUGGCUGGGCUUGAAAAGGGCUGUUCAUGCCCGAUUCCUGCGCAACCUGUCAGAGCUUAAACAUUACGAGGAAGAAUAAGGCAAAAUUCGAGUGAAAGCAACACGAAGUGAUUAAAGUAAGACAAUAUUUAGCUCAAACAGGUGGUUACUCGUGAGGUAAAGGUGGACUUUUUUUUUUUUUUUUUUUAAGGUAGACUGACAACUCUGGGUGUCAUAAUUGCUGUUGUCAGGGAUAAAGAUCCUUAUGAACUCCAAUAAAUUACAAAUUAUUGAAAAAUGCAAUGUCAGUUCUGGAUUUUUUUUAGAUUAUGUCUGUAAGUGGAAAUGCAUAUAUAAUAGA